CUUUUAUUGACGAUUGGGACCCUUGGUUUCCAGAAUUUUUCUCCCCUUUGCAUAUUUUCCAACCUCUGACUCAACACGCACGCACGCGCACUGAGCCUGCUCUUACCACCCGCCAUAUCUGUGAGCCGCCAUACCGAACGGCCAUGGGCAUUCUCACAGUUGUUGAAGAGAGGCCGACGCCGCCAUCGGUCUACAACUGGCGCAUAUACGCUCUGGCAUGCAUCGCCUCUUGCGGAUCUUGCAUGAUUGGUUACACAAGUGCCUUCAUCGGAACGACUGUUGCACUUGACUCGUUCAAGAGGGAGUUUGGUAUUGACAAGCUGUCAACUGCGGAACGAAACUUGAUCAGCGAGAAUAUCGUAUCUCUAUUCGUGGCUGGGGCCUUCUUUGGUGCCUUGCUUACCUACUGUCUCAGCUACUCCAUAGGACGCAAGUGGUGCUUAGCGAUCGGAGCUACCACCUUCUCCUUGGGGGCUGGCCUAACAUGCGGCGCCAGUAGUGACCUGGGGCUUGGUAUUCUUUACGCUGGACGCGUAUUCUCGGGCUUGGGAACCGGAGUGGCUUCUAACAUCAUUCCCAUCUACAUUUCAGAGUUGUCGCCACCAGCAAUUCGCGGUCGCCUCGUUGGUUUGUACGAACUGGGUUGGCAGAUAGGCGGAAUGGUCGGUUUCUGGAUCAACUAUGGUGUUCAAGCCCACGUAGCGCCGGGUCAUACGCAAUGGAUAAUACCUUUUGCUGUCCAGUUGAUCCCCUCCGGCCUCCUCCUGCUAGGCUCGAUGUGGAUCCGGGAGUCGCCUCGCUGGCUUUUCCAGAAGGAUCGCCGCAAAGAAGCCAGGGACAACUUGUGCUGGAUUCGUCAACUAGAACCAAGUGAUAUGUAUAUCCAAGAAGAGAUUGCCGCGAUCGACAAUAUCUACGAGAUGCAAAAGGCUACAGUUGGAACCGGCUUCUGGCAGCCUUUCCAAGCUUUGGCGGCUCGCCCAAAGCUGCAAUGGCGUUUGUUCAUAGGCUGCAUGCUGUUCUUCUGGCAAAACGGCAGCGGCAUCAACGCCAUCAAUUACUAUUCCCCGACUAUAUUCUCGAGUAUUGGCAUUGACCAUAACACAGUAAACCUGAUGACGGGAAUAUUCGGCGUUGUCAAGGCCAUUAUGACCUUCGUGUGGUUAUUGUUCCUCGUCGAUCAACUCGGAAGACGAAAACUGUUGCUCAUUGGUGCCGUCACUGGAUCAAUCUGCAUGUGGGUCAUUGGUGCCUAUGUCUGUAUUGUCGAACCGACGAAGAAUCCUCAGGAUCACUUGAGUGGUAGUGGUUACGCCGCCAUUGUUUUCUUCUAUCUCUGGACGGCAGUCUACACGCCGACAUGGAACGGCACUCCCUGGGUCUUGAACUCAGAAUUCUUCGACCCAAACUUCCGGUCUCUCGCCGGUGGCGCGACAACAGCCAGUAACUGGCUAUUUAACUUCCUCGUUUCAAGAUUUACUGAGCAAAUGUUUGCGGCCAUGGGCUAUGGCGUUUAUUUCUUCUUUGCGGCUUUAUCGUUUCUCGCCUUCUUCUUUGCUUUCUUCCUCAUCCCUGAGACCAGCGGCGUUCCGCUUGAAAAGAUCGAUAGACUGUUCGAGAUCAAGCCAGUUUGGAGGGCAAAUGAAACGUUGAUAUCGCAGCUCAUACAAGAGGAGGAGCAGUUUCGUACCGAAGUCAAGAACGAUACUACUCACAAAGAGUAAUCUGCAGAGUCAGAACGGACGAGGAUUACCACAGGGGGCUGCGCCGAGGGGAACCAUGGUAUAGACUUUUUUCAAACGAAGAAACAUCGACACGGAGUUAUUAUACAGGAACAUAGACUUCGCAUUGAGCGGCGUUGUUUCAAGAGGGGGCUGAUUUCUCGAGGUAAAGACGGUAUAUAUGUCCUUGAUACUCAUGUUUCAAUCGCUGGCACUGUUACAUAAGCACAAGCACCUACAAAGCUGCAGAGAGCUGAAUUGUUUUAUGGCUUCGUUGGUGACCAAUUUGUCUGCUGUCCCUUUGAAUUAGAGGUCUAGGCUGCACUAACUUUCAUGAAGUGAGUUACGG